CACCCAUUUUCUGUCCUUGCAUUCUUCUCCUGGACCAAACACCCGAUUUUUAGCUUAAAGUAUAAACUCAAACGAUAACGAUGGUUGACGGAAAAAUUAAUGAGAUCCAUGGCUGGGCUGCCACCAAGUCUGGAAUCCAGGUCGAGCCCUGGUCCUACAAGCCCCGUCCGCUGGGUCCCAACGACGUCGAGAUCAAGAUCGACUACAGCGGUAUCUGCGGCUCUGACCUACACACAAUCAAGUGCGAGUGGGGACAGGCCAACUUCCCUGCCAUUGUUGGACACGAGAUCGUUGGCAAGGUCAUCACCAAGGGCGAGAGCGUUACGACCCUGAACGAAGGCGAUCUGGUCGGUGUCGGUGCCCAGGUGUUUGCCUGCCUCAAGGAUGACUGCAAGGAGUGCAGCCGCGACCUGGACCCGCACUGUCCGCAUAUGGUUUUCACAUACAACUCCUUCUAUGCCGACGGCCAGCAGGCACAGGGCGGCUACGCUGAGGCUGUGCGUGUUGACGCAAACUAUGCCAUCAAGAUCCCUGCUGCUAUUGACCCUGUGUACGCAGCCCCUCUUAUGUGCGCUGGUACCACUGUCUUUGCCCCGAUGCUGCGCAAGGGUGUCAAGAAGGGCGACCGUGUCGGUAUUGUUGGCAUUGGCGGUCUUGGCCAUCUUGCUAUCCAGUAUGCCCACGCACUGGGUGCCAAGGUCACUGCCUUCUCGCACUCGCCUACCAAGAAGCAGCAAGCAACUGAGCUUGGUGCAUCGGUUUUCGUCGACACCUCGAACAAGGAGGAGCUUGAUGCUGUGCGUGGCUCGCUUGACUAUCUGUUCAUCACGGCUAACGCCAGGAGCAACCAGUACAACGAAUUCGUGACCUGGAUGGACUAUGAAGGUGAGAUCGUCUUGCUGGCGCUGCCUGAGGGCCAGCUCAGCUUCUCGCCGUUUGAGCUUGUCAACAGCGAGGUCAAGAUCACGGGCUCGCUUAUCGGUGGCAAGAACAUCAUCAAGGAGACUCUGGAGUUUGCCGCCAAGCACAACAUCCGCCCGAUCAUCGAGCGCUACCCAAUGGCCAAGGUCAACGAGGCCCUCGAGCAUAUGGACCAGGGCAAGGCCCGGUACCGCAUUGUGCUCGAAAACGCGACUAGCAGCUUGUAGAUUUACUAGGACUAGCACACCUCUGAGCCGGUUAUGAAAAAGAAAAAUAAAUGCGUUGCAA